ACUCGCAACCGCACGUCUACCUUCUUUCUGAUUUUGGUGUGGAAACCGUGGCGAAAUGCCGUUCACAAAGUUUGUUGAGGCUGGCCGCAUUGCCUACAUUCCGUUUGGAACUGACCAUGGCAAGCUGUGUGUUAUUGUUGACGUAAUUGAUCAAAACAGGGCACUGAUUGAUGGACCAUGUAGUGGAGUGAAACGUCAGGAAAUCAACUUCAAGCGUAUGCACCUCACCAAGUUCCUUCUCAAACUCCAUCACUCUGCCCGCACACGCACCGUGCGAAAGGCAUGGGCAGAAGCUGGAAUUGAGAAGCAGUGGAAGGAGACAACAUGGGCCAAAAAGAUCGAUGCCAGAGAAAAGAGAGCUGUAAUGUCAGACUUCGAUCGGUUUAAGCUGAUGAAGGCAAAGCAGAUGAGAAAUCGUUUGAUCCGCCAUGAGAUGGGGAAGCUGACUUGGGCUAAGAAGGGAAAGCAGCCACGAGUGUGGAAAAGGGCGGAGAAGGCAAAAUAAAUAAUUCUCUGUAUAAGAUUUUGUAUAGCAGAAAAAAAAUGAUGUUCCAUCA